AUGUCGUCCGAGAAGGCCCAGAACCCGAUGCGGGAGCUCCGCAUCCAGAAGCUCGUCCUGAACAUCUCCGUCGGCGAGUCUGGUGACAGGCUGACCCGCGCCGCCAAGGUGUUGGAGCAGCUGAGCGGUCAAACCCCCGUCUACAGCAAGGCUCGUUACACCGUCCGUCAGUUCGGUAUCCGCCGUAACGAAAAGAUUGCUGUCCACGUCACUGUCCGCGGCCCCAAGGCCGAGGAGAUUCUGGAGCGUGGCCUGAAGGUCAAGGAAUAUGAGCUCCGCCGCCGCAACUUCUCCGAGACUGGCAACUUCGGCUUCGGUAUCUCCGAACACAUCGAUCUCGGCAUCAAGUACGAUCCCAGCAUCGGUAUCUACGGCAUGGACUUCUACUGCUGCAUGACCCGCCCCGGUGAGCGCGUCGCCAAGCGCCGCCGCUGCAAGAGCAGGAUCGGUGCCAGCCACCGCAUCACCCGCGAGGAGACCAUCCGCUGGUUCAAGCAGCGCUUCGAUGGCAUCGUCCGGUAA